AUGGUCUCCCUCACUAUCGGUUAUGUGUCUGGUAUUAUUGCCGCAGCAGUUUUCAUUCUUCAAUUCUUGUUUCCAAAUGCCCUCAUUGUCGUAUUGGUCGGCCUUCUCAAGAACGAACAUACAGCGGUGACCUGGUCGGUGGUUGAGCGCAGCCUACUGAGUUCCUUGUGGCCAACGAUCCUCCGGACAGACGCUGCCGCAACUCGAGGGGUGGACAGCAAAAUCAAGUUCCUGACUUGGCUGCGACCACUGGCUCUCGGGUUGGUGACGGUAGCUGCGGUCGUCACACCGUUGGGGCUCUACGAUGACAUCGUGCCUGCGGCGUCUCCCCAGCCUGUGGCCUUCUCCUACGUCCCAGACACCAGUCCCAUGGGAUAUGGGACGCCUCCACGCAGCCAAGUUGGGUUCAGCCGGAUCUGCGGAGCCUUUCUCCCCGUGCAGUGUCCCGGCACCACGACCCUCAUCACCUACGGCGGCAACGACACCUACAUGGAAGCCAAUAUCACAAAUGAUGACUACGACACGCGAAUCCCCAAGGAGCUCGCCGAGCUCUACCAAAGCGGUCUCGAUCAGCAGCCCCGGUCGGUUUCGAGCUUCUUUGACAUUGAAUCGCGGUACUAUUCGUACAUGUAUCAAGACGGGGUCUCCCGUGGCGGCAAGUACAUUGUGGACGCGUUCCGCUACCUGUCCAACAUGGUCCUGGACAACGCCAUUGAGCCGGUUGAAGGGCUGGUCGUCGACACGGUCACGGGGGGAGUGGCCUUCCGCAACCACACCGUCCCCGUGGGCGUCCAGCUCGGCGCCGAGUGGACCGAAGACCUGCUCUGGCUGCAGCCCGAGUCGGCCUGCGUCGACACAAACGUCUCGGUCGAGUUCCGCAUCCCCUACAGCGGCAUCGCCACCAACGACCUGAUCAACAUCUCGCUCGUCGACGACGGGGGCUUCGCGAACCUCGUCCAGGAGUGGCCCUACAUUAACGUGACAAACUCGCAGAUCGAUCCGAACCUGCGCGGCCGAGCAUACAAGGCCGCGUGGAUGGUCAACGCAUAUACCAUGUUGGUCAUGAACCUGACGAGGCCGAGUCCCAACGCCUUCUCUUACCUCAAAUCCAAGGUCGGGGACAGAUUUCCAGUCACGACAUAUCAGACCAUGGGAGCGAAGCUCAAUGGAAUCUAUAUCAGCAGUACUUGGAUGUCCUUGCUGGACCCGGAAGCCUACUUGUCCAACUACAGCUUGGCCGACGCGCCAGGCGCCAACUACUCCAACCCUUUCGGGCUCACUGGAUUAAACUAUAGUGACAUCUCGUUACUCUGCUCAGGGGCGGGAGGCGCCGACCUCGCCAAUCUCACCAACAUUCACGUCGAGUGCGGCAUGGUUUUUGGCGCUGCCAGGCGUCGUGAUGGCACAAUAACCCUUGUGCAGGAGCCUGAAACAUGGUGGACACAAAAGGUGUACAGCUGUGCGACGGCAACGAAAGCGAGUAUCAAACAAGUCCGUUUCCGGUACAACGCGACGAAAGAGACUGAAGUCGAUGCCUCUCUGGGCAUCGAAUCGCCAGGAUACGAAAUGAGCGAUGUUCCUCAACUGUGGGGCCUGAUUUCGCCAGAACUGGAGCACUCGGUCAAUUUGUCCACAAUCCGGGCUCCUCAAUUGUACCUACCAGGCUACGGUGGUAAAGGUUUGUUGUCGACUGUGUCGGGAUAUGAAAAUCUGCCUGGAUCAGAUGGACCAUCGGAUGCCCUGUCGGGAGUGUACCAAUACAACAGUGGCGGCUGGGCAGACUAUACCGGAGACACCAACAUGGCCAUGUAUGCGCGGUGGCGAGAUCUUUCGGGGUCGGCAGCGACCAUGGCCAAGAUCCCCAACCUGGUGUGGACGGAUAUCGCUGCGAACAUGCUGGUGGGCACGCGCAGCUGGAACUCGGACGAUCAGCUGCCUGCCAACCUCCAGAAGCGGAGCGAGGAUGGGACGAGCAGCGCGGACAGUGACCACGCCGUCAUUCCUGUGACUGUCUAUCAGCGACGGAUUCGCUAUCGCUGGCGAUUUGCCAUCCCAGCAUUCCUGGCUCUGGCACUGUUGCUCGCGGUCCUUGUGGCGGCUUUGGCGUCUGUUCUGUCUGGACGAGGACUUCCAGCACGGGUGCGACAUUAUCUUUUUCAUUUGUCGUCAGGUCGCAUGUUGGGGGAAAUACAAUAUACUGGAGAAUGCGACAAGUUGGCACCGACAAAUGAAUGGCUCGCACGUGUGGGUAGCAGGCGCAGCGAUUUGCGCGCUUAUGUCAGUCAUGGUGCUAACAACAUUAGCGGCAGUGGUGGGCUUGCGAUCCCAACCUCACCGUUCCUCGGGCAGCAGCGUCACAUGGCCAGCGGCAUGGGUGAGGAGAAGAUGAAGCGGAUGGCGAGCGAGACGACCGAACUGCAGCCUCUCAACGAGGAGGCCGCGUCAGACCCGGACGUGAAGUGGGUUGUGCCGACUUCAGGAUAUACGAGGCUCAAUGGAAACGAACAGCCGACAUGGCGGUCACCCGGGCUCUAA